CCCAAUAUCUGUGAGAGCAGUGGGGGUGUCCUGAGAUGGACGAGAUCAUCCUCCUGAUUGGUCCGCCGGGCCUGUCCCGGUCUGGGCCCGAGUCUCAGCGAACCAGGAGCAGGGGUGCCACCGUCACCGUCGAAAAUACAUCAUAGUUUUCGACUGGUCAUCAUGGGCCCAGCACAACUGGGCUGCUCCCCUCCAUCCUGUUCAAGUUUGGACAGCACAUGGCUUUUUGAUGCAAUCCAAUUCUAUUCUUGUCUUUUUCUACUAGUGUGCUACAACGUGCAAUACCCAACUUUAAUUCCUGCCUACCACCCAGCCACCCUACCACCCUGCCUCCCUGCCUCCCUACCUACCUUACACUUCCCGUCUACCUACCUACUUCCAGGAAGUCCCAUCACAGCAUUCCACGAGGACCCCGCGCAGUGACGGAUCCGUCCAACAUCGACCCGCUCAUGCUUUGAACCCUUCCAUCGCCUCGUCCCACCGCUUGCGAAUCACCACGCUACUCUAUCGCCCCGUCCACCGUCCCCGUUGGCGUGCACGCGAACCCUAACACAUACCCCUUCCCUUCCCUCGGCCGCCACUCCACGCCGCCCUCGAGAAAAGGACCUCAUUGCUGUGCAAACACGCGCAGUUCUCCCAGACGAGGGGACAACUCUUUGCCGUUGUCAACCUCUUAAGAGCAGCCCCAAGACAUCCAGGCCGCCCUCCCUCCCUUUGAUUUCCAGCUGAUCGGCUGUCUUAUUGUCUUGCCUGCGGUGGUACCAGAACCCGUGUCCCAAUUUGCGCCGAGCACAAAGCCAGAGACACCAAAGUCCACGCAGAUGAUAACAACGGGGCUGCUAUGAUUCAGGUGCAGCAUCCUCUGUCCGCCUACAGCGUAGCCCCGACCCCGGGGCUCCUGGACGGAGCUGGGGACAUCUCUAUGCCCCUGAUGGUCGGAUGCUGUACCGAACACGAUCGAUUGCGUCCCGAGCCCUACUUCUCGUCCGCACACGGAUCCAUCUACUACACACCGAGACACCCACUUGAGCGCAGGCGCCGCACCGAGAGUGCUAGCUUCCCGACGCCGCUGAUACAGCCUCGUCAGCGUCGACCUCACUCGAUUCACAUCAUCUCGUACCCUCCUGGUUUUAUCCCCCCGGAUUUGCGGCCGCCAAAGUCGAGUCAGACGUCCACAAGGAAGACCACCAGGAAAUUGAGCCGAGAGCAGAAGAAGGCUCAGAAGGAGGGCGAGAAGGAACGGAGGAGGCUGGAAAAGGAGCGGUCAGAAAAGAAAGAGAAGCGGCGGUCUCUUCGAUCACUGCCCCCUGGUGCUGAAAAGGUCGGGAAGGUGUUGAACAGAAUAAAGGCAGUCUUCUCCCAUCCGCCGAACUCUACGCCCACAGUUACAGCAACCCCUACGUGGAGGGCCCAGUCCCGCCCGUCGAGCUUUAUAAGCUUCGCCCGGCGACUUUCCCGAUUCGAAGGAUCCUACGUCGAAGACACCGUGAUCGAUAUUCCAGUAUCUACAGGCCGACUAGGUGGGGAGGAGAUAACGGUCGAGGAACCCAUCAUGGCUACCGCCACUGCCCCGAAUCCCCCCGGAGGGAACGCAUUUCAAGCAUCCAACAGGACCAGCAUGGUGUCGAUACGAUCCGCCAAGAGCAUGAUGAGCCCAUCGGUGUCCGAAAUUCAGAAGCCUGUAGCAUCAGGGAGCGGGCUGACCUGCUCGAUAUUAUUAGCAGAGCCGAAUGUCUUUCUCACAGGAUUCGAACAUGACAGUCACUCCAGGCGCCAAGGACAGCAGCAAUCAAGCGCACUGCUUCGUGGAAAGCUGCAGUUGAACGUGUCCAAGAAUGUCAAGAUCAAGUCGGUCACGCUGAAGCUGGUGGGCAAGGCCAGAACGGAGUGGCCCGAGGGAAUUCCGCCGUCCAAAACGGACCUGUUCGAAGAGCAGACGCUCCGCACCCAGUCCCUUGUAUUUUUCCAUGCCAUGCAUGAAGGCAUGUGGGAGACGGAGUAUGGAAGCCAGUGCACAUUUGUGCCAAAAACCAGCUCUACACAUCACAAUCUCAUGUCCUCGCUCUACAACAACUCCAAUUCGUCACUUCAUAUUCUCGGAAAGUCUAGAAACUCUUCUACGCUGACAGCCAAGGAAAGGAAACGCCUUUCCCUUCAGUCUGUGCAGUCCCGAAGUUUUGGAAAGGGAGAGUCGCCAUUUGCGAAUCCGGUCCAAGCAAAGGGGUUCAAGAUUUUUGGCCCCGGCACAUACGAGUACGCCUUUGAGUUGCCCAUCGAUCACAACCAACUCGAGACGACAAAGCUCCAAUACGGCUCGGUCCGGUGGGAGCUGGAAACCAUGGUGGAGCGUGCUGGAGCGUUCAAGCCGAACCUGCAUGGUUCCAAAGAGGUGUCGAUUGUCCGUCUCCCCGACCAGAUGUCUCUCGAGAUGACGGAGCCAAUAUCCAUCAGCCGCCACUGGGAAGAUCAGCUGCAUUACGACAUCAUGAUCUCGGGGAAGAGCUUUCCCAUCGGCGCCAAAAUCCCCAUUGCAUUCAAGCUCACGCCCUUGGCAAAAGUUCAGGUCCACAAACUUAAAGUGUUCGUGACAGAAAGCAUCGAGUACUGGACCAACGACCGCCAUGUCACGCGCAAAGACUCCGGGAGGAAGAUAUUAUUGCUGGAGAAGGUGGCCGGCAAACCCCUGGACAAGCAAUACGAGGCCAGCGACAUCCGUGUUUUGAGCGGUGGCGAGCUGGAUGCUGAACAACGGGACGAGGCGCGAAUGCUGGCUAUCCGAAGACGGCUACAAGAAGCUGCCAGGGCUGGCGGUCCUCCUCGGCCACUCCCUGAUCCGAGCAACAAUUUGUUGGGUGAACUAGACCUUGGUCUGGAGAGCCUCUGGGGAAGCACCGAGAUCGAGAUGAACGUGCAGCUACCAACAUGCGACAUGAUGGCGCGCGACAAAACGCUUCGCUUGCAUCCCGAUUGCAGCUGGAAGAAUGUUAAUAUCGUCAUGCGCAUCUCUCGCUUGGACCCGGAUGAUCCCGCAGGAAAGCGUCGGCGGCAUUUCGAGAUCAGCAUUGAUAGCCCCUUUACUGUCUUGAACUGCCGUGCAACCCAAGCCAACACGUCUCUCCCGCAGUACAGCGGGCGAGACGGCCCUGCCGAGCAACGACAGCAGAUGUCGUGCGGUUGUUCGGACGCGCAUCCUUUGGAUCCCAACUCAUCCAACGCGGCCACGCCGCUCGCCAUGAUCGAAGAGGAUGCCCCGAGCCUGAACAACAGCCGACUGCGGAUUGACUCCAACAUCAACACCAGCGCCGGCGGUCUGCCCAGCAUGCCCCAGGCUGCCCACCUACAGUCCGCCGCUCGAACUGGCGGAUCUGUGCACAGGGCCAGCAGUUCGCUGAGCCGUGCUCGGGGUCUUCCAAGUCCGCUGGACCGUGAGCCACGGCCCAUUCACCUGCUGAGACACCCCUCAUACAAUCCACCUCCCUUCAACGCAGACGAUCCGCCGCCACCGCUGCCGGCGGAGCUCAUGACGCCACCUCCCAACUACGACAUUAUCGUGGGAACUCCGAGCGUGGACGGCAUGGCCGACUACUUUGCACGUCUGGCUGCGUACGACCUGGAACAAGAGGGCUCAAGACGGAACAGCGAUGAUACGAUCGGACCCAUCGAUGUCGACCCCUUUUCGGGCGCGCGGCUGACACCUAGGCCGCCGCAUGAAGCCGGUGAUGACGACUCUUCUGACAGCAACGACGAUGAGGUCGCCCGGGCCCACCGCCGCGGACGGGUCAAUGUGGCCAAUCCGAGAACACCGGGCGGUCGUUUGGUUCCAAGUCGGAGUCUGGAAAUCGAGCGUCCCACCGUGAGGCUCGACAUGACGGGGGUGGUGAGGCGGGGGCACUACCUACCCUCCACACAAACCCCGCACGACACAUGUAUAUGCAACACACAUUCACACACCAUCUUUAUGUUUUCAUGGCAUGGCACAAACAAAAUACCCCCUUUUUUUGUUAUUCUUUGACUGCAUUCAUCAUCCUGCAUGCAUUGACAAGGGAGAUGGAUAGAAUGAUGACUUUCAUGAACGGCAACACGGCACGGCACUGAAAGGGAAAGAAGACAUCAUGGAAAAGAGAGGGAGAACGUGAGAAAGAGAGAAAUAGGUCGAAUCAAAAAUAGGCAUCGAGGUGGUAGUCUUAGGGUAAUAUAAUUCGAGGCUUUGUGUCGCAAGUUGUUGCACAUGGUAGUAACUAAUUGUGUCAAGUGAAUUCAACUCCUCUUCAGUGAAAUGACCACCCUCGUCGUGCCCCAUCCAAAUCACAUCAUUUUACUCAGUUGGAGAAAUCGC